GCACAAUCAAUACCACACACACAAACACAUAGAAUAUAACAUGAGUGAAUUCUACUUACCUCAUGUUGAACGAAACAUAUCCCGAACAAAUGCCUUGUUGUCAUUAGGCUGUUGUGUACGUUGUACUCUGCGGGCGCUGAGAGUGACACAUCCGUCAUGUUAUCGUAUACCGUACCAUGAACUGGAGUCAAAGGUACGCUCUAUUUUAUCUCAAGCAAAGGUAUCAGAAAGCCCUACACAUACAGAUACAAAGCCAGACGAGAGCGACACAACAUUAUCUACAACAGAAGAUACAACGACGUGUAUAGACACAGCGAAGCCCAAUAGUGAUCCGAUGAGUGAAAAUACAGUGGAGGAUGCUGUUACUGUGGAUGAUGCGGUGUCUAAAAGCAUUCAAGGCACCAAACGAACACAGACAGAUACUGAAAUAGGGGAAGGGGGAUCAAACGGUCCGAAAAAGCAGAAGUUGGACAACCAAGGUAAGCAAUAG